CAUCAGGUGACGCUGAGCUCACUGUCAGAGCAGCAAGCUUUGGCGCUUCAACGUCGUGCUCUGAACUUACUGAUAGAUACCCACGCCAGCUUUGUAGACGGCCUCAUAAACAUCUACCGGCUGAAUUCCCUGGACCCAGCCAUACUCGUACUCUACAUUAUGAAUUUGAUGUCUCUUCACUGCUACAAAGAGGCUGCAGUGCUUAGUGUAAAGCUGAAAUUACAGAAAGAUCUGAAUAUGGAGGAGAUGUGUGUACCACUGAUCUUGCAGAAUAAGUUGCCUUUGGCAGAGUCCUUCGUCACUGGCCACUAUCAUCUGGAACAACAGCUGGUCACACUGCUGGACUCCUGGUGCCACGCUUACUUCAGUGUGGACGAGAUAAGCAGGCGCUACCCUCGCCUCUCUCUGACCAAACACUGCAUGAGCCAGAUCCAGCCCAAAUUGCUCGCCAAACAUGUCUUCAGACUCAUGGUGAAAUUCAACAUCGACCAAGGACUGUGUCCCAAUGCUCGGCACAAGAGGAGACUGGACUCUUUACGUUUCCUCAUGUACAAAACAUUCGUGGAGAAAGGCAUGACGGAGGAGAUCUGGAGUGACCAUGUGCAG